CACCGCAACCAGGAGCCGAGCGCGCGAGACGAGCGAGCGGACCCCACCCACCGUGCGGAGCACGGCGCCGCCGUCCAUCUGGAGCUCAUCACGCCACGAUUCCUAGGAGAAGACGGUCUCGCCGACCCGCUUCCGUAGCUGGAGGCGCGCAGAAGUUCCUGGAGCAGGCGGCGAUCGAGAACCUGCCCACUUUCCUUGUGGAACUGUCCAGAGUGCUGGCAAAUCCAGGGAACAGCCAGGUUGCCAGAGUUGCAGCCGGUUUACAGAUCAAGAACUCUUUGACGUCUAAGGACCCAGAUAUCAAGGCCCAGUACCAACAGAGAUGGCUUGCAAUCGAUGCCAAUGCCCGCAGGGAAGUCAAGAACUAUGUUUUGCAGACAUUGGGUACGGAAACAUACAGGCCCAGCUCAGCCUCACAGUGUGUGGCUGGCAUUGCCUGUGCCGAGAUUCCCAUGAACCAGUGGCCUGAACUCAUUCCUCAGCUGGUAGCUAAUGUUACAAAUCAACACAGCACUGAGCACAUGAAAGAGUCAACGUUGGAGGCAAUUGGUUACAUCUGUCAGGAUAUUGAUCCAGAGCAGCUUCAGGACAAAUCCAAUGAAAUUCUCACAGCCAUUAUCCAAGGGAUGCGAAAGGAAGAGCCCAGUAACAAUGUGAAGCUAGCAGCUACUAAUGCACUCUUGAACUCUUUAGAAUUCACCAAAGCAAACUUUGACAAAGAGUCUGAAAGGCACUUUAUUAUGCAAGUAGUCUGUGAAGCAACUCAAUGUCCAGAUACAAGGGUACGAGUGGCUGCGUUACAAAACUUGGUGAAGAUAAUGUCCCUUUAUUAUCAGUAUAUGGAAACAUAUAUGGGUCCUGCUCUUUUUGCCAUCACAAUUGAAGCAAUGAAAAGUGACAUUGAUGAGGUGGCUCUGCAGGGAAUAGAAUUCUGGUCAAACGUCUGUGAUGAGGAAAUGGAUCUGGCUAUUGAAGCAUCUGAGGCAGCAGAGCAAGGAAAGCCUCCAGAGCAUACUAGCAAAUUUUAUGCUAAGGGAGCACUACAGUAUCUGGUCCCAAUUCUCACACAGACACUAACUAAACAGGAUGAAAACGAUGACGAUGACGACUGGAAUCCCUGUAAAGCAGCUGGCGUUUGCCUUAUGCUUCUGGCAACCUGCUGUGAAGAUGACAUUGUUCCUCAUGUGCUGCCCUUCAUUAAAGAACACAUUAAAAACCCAGAUUGGCGAUACAGAGAUGCAGCUGUCAUGGCUUUUGGGUGUAUUUUGGAAGGGCCAGAGCCCAACCAGCUCAAACCACUCGUUAUUCAGGCCAUGCCCACUCUAAUAGAACUAAUGAAAGAUCCUAGUGUGGUGGUUCGAGAUACGACUGCAUGGACUGUGGGCAGAAUCUGCGAGCUGCUCCCUGAAGCUGCCAUCAAUGACAUUUACCUCGCUCCGCUGUUGCAGUGUCUCAUUGAGGGCCUGAGUGCCGAGCCCAGAGUGGCUUCCAAUGUGUGCUGGGCCUUCUCUAGUCUGGCUGAAGCUGCCUAUGAAGCUGCAGAUGUAGCAGAUGAUCAAGAAGAGCCAGCAACCUACUGUUUAUCCUCCUCAUUUGAGCUAAUAGUUCAGAAACUCCUGGAGACCACAGACAGGCCGGAUGGGCACCAGAAUAACCUGCGGAGUGCUGCAUAUGAAGCUCUGAUGGAAAUAGUGAAAAACAGUGCCAAGGACUGUUACCCUGCUGUCCAGAAGACGACUUUGGUCAUUAUGGAGCGGCUGCAGCAAGUGCUGCAGAUGGAGUCCCAUAUCCAGAGCACAUCAGACAGAAUCCAAUUCAAUGAUCUUCAGUCUCUACUAUGUGCUACUCUACAGAAUGUUCUCCGGAAAGUGCAGCACCAGGAUGCUUUGCAGAUCUCUGAUGUGGUUAUGGCAUCUCUGUUGAGAAUGUUCCAGAGCACGGCUGGAUCGGGGGGAGUGCAAGAGGAUGCCCUCAUGGCAGUCAGCACCCUGGUGGAAGUCUUGGGUGGAGAGUUUCUGAAGUAUAUGGACGCCUUCAAACCCUUCCUGGGCAUUGGACUGAAGAACUAUGCAGAGUACCAGGUUUGUCUGGCUGCAGUAGGCCUAGUUGGAGACUUAUGUAGAGCCCUGCAGUCCAAUAUCUUGCCUUUCUGCGACGAGGUUAUGCAGCUGCUCUUGGAGAACUUGGGGAAUGAGAAUGUCCAUAGGUCUGUGAAGCCUCAGAUUCUCUCUGUGUUUGGCGAUAUUGCCCUGGCCAUCGGAGGAGAGUUUAAAAAAUAUCUAGAGGUUGUAUUGAAUACUCUCCAGCAGGCCUCGCAAGCCCAGGUUGAUAAGUCUGAUUAUGAUAUGGUGGACUAUCUGAAUGAGCUGAGGGAGGGCUGUCUGGAAGCUUACACUGGCAUCAUUCAGGGACUGAAGGGAGACCAAGAAAAUGUGCAUCCGGAUGUGAUGCUGGUGCAGCCAAGAGUAGAAUUUAUUCUGUCUUUCAUCGACCACAUUGCUGGAGAUGAGGAUCACACAGAUGGAGUAGUAGCUUGUGCUGCUGGGCUGAUAGGGGAUUUGUGUACAGCAUUUGGAAAGGAUGUACUGAAAUUAGUAGAAGCUAGACCCAUGAUACAUGAACUUCUAACUGAAGGAAGAAGAUCCAAGACAAACAAAACAAAAACUCUUGCUACCUGGGCAACUAAAGAACUGAGAAAACUGAAGAAUCAAGCUUGAUCUGUUACCAUUGGGAUGACACCCAAGACCCCCACUGGAAAUCUCCACUCUUUUGAAAAAACCUGGAAGUGAGGAGUGUGCACGGAUGCUGAAUGUUUGGGAAUGAGAGGAUGAGUGAGUGAGGCUUGAAACACACCACAUUGAAAAUCCCGCCACAGCAACAACAGCAGCAGCGCUGUUAGUGAGCUGAGCACUGACUUGCGUAGAAAACCUGACAUCGGCCGUCUUCAGGAAGAGGGAACGACUGAUUUCUGUCAAAAAUAAGCAGUCUCUUCUUCCGACAGAGACUAGAACUAGCUUUUCUGUCUAUUGGCCAGUGCAAAGCGGAAUGACUAGUUUGGGGGAGAGGAAACUAGGAUCGCCUGUGGUGCUGUUUGUUUAAGGUCUGGCUUUUGCUGCUGAAGAGAGAUGGAGUCUGGGUCUCUGGCCCGCCUUCUAUAACCUUUGCCACACAAUGCUGUCAGUGCAUGGGAUAAAAGGAGGGGUGAAGGAUUUUCAGUCUAAGAGUGAGUGUGUGUGAAUGAGGCGGUAUCCACAUUCUCAACUUCAAGUCAUUGCAGUUUAUCUUUUCCCAAAAAAGGGUUAGCAGUUGCAUUUCAUAAACUAACCGAAGUUCAGUCUACUGAUGCAGCAUAAGAGAUGUAAAAAGAAAAGAGGAAAAAAAGGAAAGUCGCUCUUUAGGGCUUUUUAUUUUAGGGAAACACUGACGAAUGUUCAGAGCUCCCGUUCUGAGUGACGCUUUUCAUGAUCUUGUUUCAUCAAAGCGCCUUUCCUUCCUUAAUAUUGUUCAACUGUGAAUGUAGAAAUGGGGGGGGGGCGGGAACUCUUGCGUUAGAGGGAUUAGAAACGAACUGUCAAACAAGAUUUCAGGCUUAAACAAAAAAGUCCCAUAAAUGUAAGUGCUCAGAAUUGGCAAUGAGAAUGCAAAGGGAAAGAUCUUCCUGACUUGUACUGUAGCAGCCCGAACACCCACUAAAUUGUGCCAAAGAGUUUAAAAACAAUAAAGUAAAACUUCAGGUAAUAUUUUGGAUUGCAAAAUGAGGAUAAAUUCAAUGUUCAAACAAAAUCUGAUAAAAUGCCAUUUGGAAACUGCUUGGCCUUUUGUGCUCUUUUAUUUGAUCGAAUUUAAUGUGGUAUUGGUCUCUUGCUGCACUUCAAAACAAAAAAGGAAAAAAAGAGAAAUUUGUAUAAAUAUAUAUAUACUGGCUUGAGCUUACACAAGACGGCACUUGUAAAAGGUUCUAUUUUUCCACUGCAGUUGAAGAUUAAUAAAAUGGUGUCAAACAUUC